AUGGAGGCUUUCAAGGAACUCCGCGCUUCAAUUGUCAAGGCGUGUGAAGCCUCUUUGGAUGGUGCCUACCAUAGAUUGGAGUCUGAACUGUCUGAUCAUGAGGCAAGAUUGCAGGAAGCGCAGCGUCAUGCUUUUAUAGCAGACAAGGCUCGCAAAGAAGCCGAAUGCAAGGUUGAAGAACUACGUCGCGAGGUUUCGGCAUUGAAGGGUGAGCUGGAGUCCAACAAGGUUGAUGACAAAAGCCUCGAGCUUCCCGAGCAGUAUGUCAGACUCGAGGCUGACUUUGCCCCCGACCGGAUCUGGUCUGGCGAUCUCGAUGAUGUUGAUCAUCUACGGGACAUUCUCGAGACAAAGUACAGAUCUCUUUACUCAGGCCUCUACGCCUUUACUCAAAGCUGGUGUAGUUUGAAGGCCAAGGUUUUACAACACAAAAAGAAAUUGCAACAUUGGGAUAAGCAACUCCAUCGAGAUCAGUUCACGCUCAUGGUCGAGGGCUCUUCUGUUACAUUCCGAAGAGUCCCAAAGUCCGAUAUUGUUCAUUCUAGCAGCCUUUCAGAGCUGCCUGAUAGUUUGAAAACCCGAAGCAGCCCGGCAGACAACUAUUGCUUAAUCAAAAAAGAGCACGAAGCUGCCGAGACCAUUUCCACCGUCCAACAUACUUUAUGUGAUACUUUGCCUCGCAUGCAAAACAACCUUAACUCCGAUGCAUCUCUAGAAGUCUCUGAGCCCUUGCCAACUGUACGGACCCGCAAGAGGAAGAGAAUUGUGGGACCCGUCCAGUCUAAAGUAGCAGAGGACAAUCCUGAGAAGCAAGUCCGAGUCAAGGACGAAACACUGUCGUCGAGCCCUUUGAAUGAACUUACAGCCUCCUCUGGCCCCCAGAUCCCAAGCACGCAGGAUCUUGAUGAAAUCGGUGACACUAUACAAACACCGACAAAGCCCCACAAUCCACGGAAUAUUGAUUGGGACACUGUGUCUUUGAGAACAGAUUCAAACGGAACAGUCAACAAACCCCGCGCCUUAAAACCAAUAGAUGGAAAUGCACGCAGGACGCGGUUGCGUGAUCGACUUUCCGAUACUGCGAAACAGAAACACGUUGAUCAGAGCCGCUAUCUGUCAAUGACAGAAGACGGAGACAACGGUGGCUCCGACCAUGCACACUGGCAAGAGAAUCCUCAUUCUUACGGCUUGGCACACGCUGCAACGAAACCUAGGGUGGCCCAAGGCCGGUUAUACAGCCUUCUUGAAAGGCCGGGGCCGUCUAUAUCUCCUCUUGGUCACCAGCUGGACAAAACGCCUGUGGCUAACUCUCACGCGACCCCUGUAGAUGCAGAAUCAAGCGAAGGGUCAAGGACUGGGAAUUUCACGACGAAAGAGGCAGGCUCCGGCACCCAAGAACACGUAGAUGUUCAUCCAGACGACGAGCCUUUCAGGUCUCGGCCUUUACACCGGCUCACACUUGACCACUUCAAAUUAAACCCCGCACGUAACCAGGGCCUUGACUAUGCGUACGAUGCUGUUGUGCGUAAGAAAGAUGACCGCAAGUGCCUUCCUGGCUGUACCCAGCCAGAGUGCUGUGGAGAUCGAUUCCGAGCCAUGGCACGUCUUGGUGGCCUCCCUGCAAGAAUUCCAGCGGAACAGCAUGAAGAAGACCAGAAAGUUCUUCAAGAAUACAUGGGGGAUGAAUACCCUCUACUGGAAAACAUGAGUGCUCCUGAUCGCGAACGCCUCCUCGUCGAAGCCCGGGCAAGGGCCCUCGCCAACCAAUACGGGAGACACCGGCACAAUCACCAGCGAGCUCGAACGCCGCCUGGAUUUUGGAGAACAGACAUGCCAUCUACACAAGAGAUUGAGGCUGAUCGAGAAGCUGCGCAAAAGAUGGACCGAGACAGAGUCGAGCAGCGAUAUCGUGAAGCAAUGCGACCGGGCGGAUUAUGGACUAAUCUCAUAGUUCGACCCAUCAAACCGGAAAUAUCAACCUCGGCUCGACUGGCUUGGCAGCCCGUGACUUCUCGACCCUCUGUACGCCUUCCCGCCUUCCACGCGAUCACGGCAUUACCGAGUCACGGAAUCAUGGAGGCCAUGCGCAAACUUCAGAAUCCCAUUCCACCGGAAAUGCGACAACCGUCCAAGUGGUUACCGCUUUACGAGGAGUUCGUUACCAAGAAUGCCAGCUCUGUCGGCCAAGUUGAGUCGGCCUUGAGGUCGUUGACCUACAUCAUCCCAGGCCGAUAUCGCGAGUCCGAAGUUGCUUCUGAAUGUGUCCAUUCAGGUGUGCAGCUAUUAUCGCUCUACCAUGACUCCCUGGUCUCCAAGGUAGUCUCUCAACUCCCAGCGAAUAUUCCGCGUCCACCUCCGACACCCCACGCCCGUUACACGAAAUACUGGUCCUCGCGCUCGUCCCUGUACCGCAGGGUAGCCCUGGCCCUCCAGAUGCUUCAGUACACUGAGCUGUUAUGGGAAAUGUCGGCUCGUAAACGAGGCGAGAAGACUCGCUGGCGUGUUGUUGUCUUUAUUGAGUUUGCUAAAGCCAUUUGCCGUUUGCUCCUUCGGUUGACGAAUUCGCGCCCACUGGUGAGCCCUCCUCUGCCGGAGCGAGAAGUGGAUCCGAGGACCACUCAAGAGGAUGAGCCAAGCGACUGGAAUGGAAUGGAUACUCCUGUUAGUGAUAAGUCGUGGGAUCUGAGCUGGACUAUGCCUCGGACUGGUCUUUCUUUACCUUCUUUACCGGACGCAAAUGAUAUCUCGAACUUCCUCAUUUCCAAGGUUCUCACGGCGGAUGACAUCAAACCACCCAAGACUCUGCUGCACCGAGUGACCGGUCAAGGCCAAUUGGCGGAGGUGCUGUACAUUCUGCGGCCUGUUGUUCAUGCCCUUGCCAUGCAAAGGUGGAGCGGCGAUAAGCGGAGUUGGCGUCCCUGGUUGAUUGGUUUUGGCAUGGAAUAUGGCUGCCGUCAACUAGCUAAGCGUGAUUUCAAGGAACGAGUCGCCGGUGGUCUUCGGGCCUUACAGGACUUGAACGAGAAGAGCUCAAGAAGCGUGGGUGGUCGAUGGGCUGGUGGCUGA